CACUGUGGAGACAGGAUGAAGUUGACCAGUGAAAAGUUGCCCAAGAACCCCUCUUAUACUUCCCUAUCCCACUUCGCUGCUAAGAAUGCAAAAAUCUUCCAGUGGAGAAAGGAAAAGACUGAUCAUUACAGCCAUGCUAAUUUGGUGGAUAAGGCCUUGCAGCUCUUGAAGGAAAGGAUAAGAAGAGGGGAUACUAUGGCAUAUUUUCUACGAGGUCAACUGUAUUUUGAAGAGGGAUGGUAUGAAGAAGCAUUAGAACAGUUUGAAGAAAUCAAGGAAAAGGAUCAUCAGGCAACUUACCAGCUAGGAGUGAUGUAUUAUGAUGGCCUGGGGACAGCCACAGACUCUGAAAAAGGAGUGGAGUAUAUGAAGAAAAUUGUUGAUUCUCCAUGCCCCAAAGCAAGACACUUAAAAUUUGCAGCAGCUUACAACCUUGGAAGAGCUUAUUAUGAAGGAAAAGGUGUUAAACGAUCGGACAAGGAAGCUGAAAGACUGUGGCUUUUUGCUGCAGACAAUGGAAACCCAAAAGCUAGUGUGAAGGCUCAGAGUAUCCUAGGAUUGUAUUACUCAACAAAGGAGCCCAGAGAGCUGGAGAAGGCAUUUUAUUGGCAUUCAGAAGCUUGUGGCAAUGGAAACCUAGAGUCCCAGGGUGCCCUGGGGCUCAUGUACUUCUAUGGACAAGGUAUUCGCCAGGAUACUGAGGCCGCCCUGCACUGCCUGAGGGAAGCAGCGGAGCGUGGCAACGUCUAUGCUCAAGGGAAUCUUGUGGAAUAUUACUAUAAGAUGAAGUUCUUUACAAAGUGUGUUGCAUUUUCCAAAAGGAUCGCUGACUAUGAUGAGGUUCACGACAUCCCCAUGAUAGCCCAGGUCACGGACUGUCUCCCGGAAUUCAUCAUCAGAGGCAUGGCCCUGGCCUCCUUCUACCACGCACGCUGUCUGCAGCUCGGCUUGGGGGUCACAAAGGAUGAGGCGACAGCUAAACGCUAUUAUUCUAAAGCUUGUCGUCUGAAUCCUGCAUUGGCAGAUGAACUUCACACUUUACUUAUUCAUCAAAGAAUUUAGAUCACAAUGCAUUUCAACAAAGAUCAUCGAUUCUAACAGCUUAGAAUGUAUGUAUUUUUAUAAUUUUUAUAAUAGCUAUGUUUUCUGCCUCGCACAUUAGAUUAACCUGGGUAUUUUAAUGGUGGCAUGGUAACCUGGGUAUUUUAAUGGUAUCAUGAUGGCAUGAUACCUUCAUUCCUGAAUUUGUAUAAUACAACUUGAAGCAUAGCUAACAAGAUCAAAUUGCAGGAAGAGUCCUCAGAGAUCCAACUCUUAGUCUAGAGAGUGGCCCAGACUGUGUCAGGUAUUGAAAACUAUUCUGUAAAGCCAGUGUUUUUUUCCAUUCUUAAAUAGUGUCCUGAAAUACUUGAUGCAGUCUUAGCUUUAAUAGUAUAAGUGCUACAAACUUACCCCCAAAAUGACAAAGUUUAAUUCUUUAAAUUUCUUUAAUCUUU